UGAGGCUCCCUUCCCAACUGAAGAGAAGCGAGGAUAAGGAACUCGCUUGCCCACUUCCAGAGGGGAGGGAAACCCGCGCGUCGCAAGCAUCAGCAGCAGCAAUGGCGUGCGUCGCAGCGCUCUUCGUCGCCUCCCCGGCGCUCCUCCCCUUCCCCUCCGCCGCCUCGUCCGCGACCUCGGCCUCCUGCUCGUGCCGCCUCCGCCCGGCCGUCGUCGCCCGCGCGCCGCGGCACCAGCGCGCCCGCCGCGCGCUCCGUCGCUUCGAUGAGGUGGAGGGGGUGUCGAAGAAGCGGCGCGGCAUUGGAGGAGGAGGUGCAGGAGGGUCGCAGGCGUCGUCGACGCGCAAGGACAAGGGGCUCGCCGUUGACUUCAAGGAGUCGCAGGUUGCUGAUUUUGAUGAUCUUGAAGAGGACAAAUUCCUUAAUGCUGUUGUCAAGGUCUAUUGCACUCAUAUUGCACCCGACUAUGGUCUUCCUUGGCAGAAGCAAAGGCAACAUGCAAGCAGUGGGAGUGCUUUUAUGAUCGGUGAUGGGAAACUCUUGACAAAUGCGCAUUGCGUUGAGCAUGACACCCAGGUCAAAGUGAAGCGAAGGGGAGAUGACAAAAAAUAUAUUGCCAAGGUUUUAGCUAGGGGUAUCGAAUGUGACCUUGCAUUGCUCUCUGUCGAGAAUGAAGAGUUCUGGAAAGGAACAGAGCCACUUCACUUUGGUCGUUUGCCAUGCCUGCAGGAUUCAGUAACUGUUGUGGGAUAUCCUUUUGGUGGAGACACAAUAUCUGUAACAAAAGGCGUUGUAUCACGCAUUGAGGUCACUCCUUAUGCACAUGGGACAUCAGAUCUUCUUGGCAUUCAAAUUGACGCAGCCAUAAAUCCUGGAAACAGUGGUGGGCCAGCCUUUAAUGACGAAGGGGAGUGCAUUGGAGUGGCAUUUCAGGUGUACAGGUCAGAUGAAGCUGAAAAUAUUGGAUAUGUUAUUCCAACUACAGUUGUAUCCCAUUUCUUGAAUGACUAUCAGAAAAAUGGAAAGUACACAGGAUUUCCUUGCUUGGGUGUCUUACUUCAGAAAUUGGAAAACCCGGCAUUGCGUGAGAGCUUAAAAGUACCUUCGAGUGAGGGUGUUCUUGUCCGUCGGGUUGAACCUACUGCUCCAGCAAGCAGUGUUGUGCGAAAGGGAGAUGUAAUAGUAAGCUUUGAUGGUAUCUCAGUAGGAUGUGAAGCAACAGUACCUUUCCGGUCCACAGAGCGAAUUGCUUUCCGCUACCUCACAAGCCAAAAGUAUGCAGGUGAUAUUGCUCAGCUAGGAAUCAUUAGGGAUGGGAAUUCCAUGAAAGUCCAGACUGUUUUGCAGCCAAGAAAACAUUUAGUGCCAUUUCAUGUCGAAGGGGGUCAACCUUCUUAUCUGAUAGUUGCCGGCCUUGUCUUCACACCUUUAACAGAACCAUUUAUAGAGGAGGAGUGCGAAGAUACACUAGGGUUGAAAUUGUUGGCAAAAGCACGUUACUCUCUAGCAACCUUUGAGGGGGAACAAAUUGUUAUUGUAUCACAGGUUUUGGCACACGAGGUCAACAUCGGGUAUGAGCACAUGGGCAAUCAACAAGUCAUGAAACUAAAUGGAACUGUGAUAAAGAACAUCCAUCACCUUGCUCAUCUUGUGGACACCUGCAAAGACAAGUUCUUGACGUUUGAAUUUGAAGAUGACUUCCUGGUUGUUUUGGACCGGGAAGAAGCGGCUGCUGCAUCUUCAGAUAUUCUCAAGGAACAUGCGAUUCCUUCUGUACGGUCAUCUGAUCUAUCAGAGCUGUAUGUCGAUACAAAGGAUGAGAUCCAAAAAACAAGCGAAGAUUUUGGUGAAAGUCCUGUCACAAACUUUGAAAUGGGAAUUGAUUGUCUCCUGUGGGCAUGAACAACCUUUUCUUUUGUGGAUGAGCAACUGAGAAUGAAAUUUCAGUUGAAGCAGCAAUAAGGAUGGUGAAAUGCAAGCAUCUCGACCACGACGGCAAGAGCAUUCCCCCAUUGUGUGUACUUACACUGUUGUGGCAAAGCCGGCCAUGUUGUAUGUUAGCGUAGACAGAAUUCAGAGUUAUGUUGUACACUAGGAACCAUAGAAUGAUUAAUUCAUUUUCAUUUUUAGGGGGUGGGUAAUUGAGAAAGGAUUGUACAAUUUGGCCGUGAGCAAUCAUGUAAACCCUCAGACAUGCAAUAAAUCGUCCAGAAAUUUGUUGGUUUACUCAUAUUUUGUACUACUUCCUCACAGAUAUUGCAGAACAAAGCAUAGCUGCAGGAUGCUAUGAUUGUUUUUGUUAUUGUAACCAAGAGCCUGAUGUUGGUGA